GGUAUGAGGCGGUGCUCGCUGUCCUGGUGCUGACCCCGCCUAGUUAGUAGCUCCAGUCGCCUGUGCUUCCUGACUGCCUUGUGGAACGAGAGGCGCCGCCAUGAGGAAGGUUGUGGUUGUCACUGGAGCCAACAGUGGUAUUGGCUUAGCUCUGUGUCGGAGGCUUCUUUCUCAAGAUGACCAGAUCCACUUAUGUUUGGCCUGCCGAAGUAUGCAUAGAGCUGAAGCUGCACGUUCUGCCCUUCUGUCCUCUCACCCGUCAGCUGACGUCAGCAUUGUUCAGGUUGAUGUUGGUAGCAUAAAAUCAGUGUUGCAAGGAGCAAGGAUUCUUACACAAAGGUAUAAACAGAUUGACUAUUUAUAUCUGAAUGCUGGUAUAAUGCCAAAUCCUCAAGUAAGCCUCAAAGCCUUUGUAAAGGGUCUGUUUUCCAGGAAAGUAAUCAGCAUGUUUGCAACAGGAGAAGGACUGUUGACCCAGAAGGAUAGUGUUACAGAAGAUGGCUUGCAAAAAGUUUUCGAGACCAACGUAUUUGGCCAUUAUAUACUGAUUAAAGAACUAGAACCUCUUUUGUGUCACAAGAAUAAUCCUUCCCGGCUUAUCUGGACUUCAUCUAGUAAUGCCAGAAAGUCUGCUUUCAGUCUCUCAGACUAUCAGCAUUGUCAAGGACAGGAAUCUUACAGCUCCUCGAAAUAUGCUACUGACUUGCUUAGUGUUGCUUUAAAUACACAUUACAACAAAAAGGGUUUGUAUUCCAGUGUGGUAUGUCCUGGUCUUGUUAUGACAAAUCUUACCUAUGGGAUCUUGCCAUCGUUCUUCUGGACAUUAAUCAUGCCAGUUAUGUGGUUGAUUCGAUUGUUUACAAACUCUUUUACUAUUUCGCCGCAUAAUGGGGCUGAAGCAUUGGUGUGGCUUUUUAAUCAGAAGCCAGAAUCUCUUGAUCCAUUGGCAAAAUAUUACAGCUGCACAUCAGGAUUAGGAAAUAGUUAUGUAACACCACUAAAGAUGGAUCUAGAUGACACAAGCAGUCUCUCUUUUUAUGAAAAAAUAUUGGACCUAGAAAAACAAGUGCGGAAGAGAUUUGUACCUGGGAAUUGUUAAAAUCAAUGACUAACAGACUAUAAAUUUUUUUAAUUUUGUGAAUUUUAUGUAUAUUUUAUCUGGAUCUCAGACUACUACAAUAACUUUAUCAUCAAGUAAAAUAAUUAUUUAUA